AUGGGGCUGCCCCCCAGGGACGAGGAGCGCCGUGGGGCCGAGCGGCGCCGGGAGGAGAAGGCGAAGAAGAAGCUGGAGCGGAAGAGCCGCCGCGAGGAGGAGGAGGAGGAGGAGGAAGGGGGCGAGUGGGAGAAGGUCAAGUGCGGAGUCCCCCUCGUCAAGGAGAAGCCGAAGAUGUUCGCGAAGGGCACCGAGAUCACCGUGGGGUUGGUGGUGAAGAAACUCAACGAGAUCCUUCAGGCCCGGGGGAAAAAGGGAACCGACAG